CGCCCUCUCUUUAGUGAAAGUGUUUACCGUGCCAACGACCGGAUUGCUGGGAAUGGGAGCUUAGGGAGGGUUUUGGAAUCACAGGAUCGCUGCUUGCUGACAUUUCUACAAUGGCGUCGCCCUAUCCCUUCCACAAUAACCAAGCCGCCUAUGCUCGCUACAAUCCAGCACUCUACCCAGGUGGACUUGGCGGUAGUCCGACCGUUGGCCCCACCAACGCUCCCGGCAACGCUCCCACCACGCCAGCGGGGUACGGUCCACGACGACCGAGCGUGAGUCCUAUGAGGAACCCUAUCGAGGGUGGAGACACGAGCGGAGAGUACAACCCUCAGCACUACGGCCCUGUCGUGGCGAAUGGUACUGGUUCUUUUGCUCCUAGGCCUACCGGGGAGGAUGGUAUAGAGCCUUUGUUUCCUAGAUAAAAAUCACCACUUUCCCCCCAAAAAAUUUCAUUUCCUUAUUACCAUUUUCAUUACCACCCUUCCUCCUUUGGGGAGAGGGCAUCUUUUCUCACCUUUUCUAUUAUUUCCCCACCUUCCCUCCUCAUUUGUAGUUACUCGUAAUUCCCCUCCCCUUUCUGCCUUUCUUUCAUAUCCGUGAAUCUCUACUUCCAUGCCUCGCGUGCGCCGGACUGACGCCUCCGCAGCUCCACCACCGCCCUAUUCACCUCCGAGUGCCCAGCGACACCCAAACAACCCUAGAUUGCAGCUCAACCCCCCGCACCAGAGGCAGCAUUCAUGGCCUUACAACAGCCAGAAUACAACCCCCAUCUCACCACUGCAAGUCACUCCCUCAACCGCAACCUCGCGGGACUUCUCUCCGGUUUUCUCACAGCAAAACAGUGCCACCAGUACGGCCAAUACUACCCCCUUGUCUCCUUAUGCGCCCUUACUGCAGGAACAAUUGGGGUGGAAUGGCCCCACUCGCAGAAGAAAUUAUUCUCCUCCGGGGAUGGCUGGCGGACAGGGGUACGCACCUUCGGGCUUGCAGCAAGCGUCUUAUCCUUCUCCUGAUAUACCCCCACCUUCCAGUCCCAUCGCCGAUAGCGUUGGGCCAUCAUCCCGAGCCGGGAGUCGGCGACCAACCUUGCAUGAGGUGGUGCCGCCGCCGCCGCCCGGGCCACCCCCAGCCCAGAAUAAUUAUAUCCGAGACGGCUCACCGAUGGCUGCACAGGGUAGGAGAACGCAUAGCAUUAGUAGCCCGGCGCCUGCCGGACUCGGAAUUGGGAUGAGAUCGGGUUCCCGCUCGCCUCCAACGAUGUCUCUUCCGCCCGGAGCUGUGAGAGCCGAUUCUCUUUCUCGGAUACCCCCUCCUCCCCCUGGGCCCCCUCCACGAAGUGAAUCUGUACCGAGAAACGUCUACGCUCCGGCAUCCAUGAGGAACGAUUCCCAGAAUGGCGGUGCGAUCCCUCCCCCACCGCCCGGGCCACCGCCUAGAAACCCGAGCUUACCCAGAGUCAUGAGCCAAGGUCGAUCGGUUUCUUCUCCUGUGAUGAACCCCACUGUCAUGAGAAUGAGUAGCAGAUCCCCUCCCCAGCAACCAAGAGGGCUAUCGACUGAAAACAGCGGUUCGAAAUUUUACGAAUUAGCGCAGUCCGUUGCGCCAUCCGACUCAAGGGGUCUGCCCCCGGCUCCUCCCCCAAAGCGAAAGAUGGAAGGGGAAGAGAUGCCCCACAAGAAGAGCUCCCCAGGGCCAAGGAGUGGGGGUGAGGAAGGGUUAGGGAUCGCCUGGGAUCGGAGGCGACCGGAAGCAGAUAAUAAUCCCUGGCGCCAAACACCAGCUAGUCCAGUGGUGAGCUCAGCUGAGGAGAUGGUAGGGCAAAGGGACCGUGGAUUGAGCUUUAGCGCCCCGCAUGGCCAAUCUGUGACGGCGCCUCUUUUGAUCGAUUACGAAGGGGAGUCCCCUCCGCCCCCAGAAGCAACACCAAGACUUCCCUUCAGCGCAACUGGAGCUCCCUCUUUCUCCAUGGAUAAUAACAGGGUCAAGCGCAAGCCGAUACGUAUCACCUCACCACCAGCUAGUAGUUUUGAACCGCCAAAGCAGCUUCCUACACCCCCUCCUGGCGUUGAGAGGGAUUCCAAAUUCAGGCCGGUUUCACAUUUGCUACACCUGCCUAAUGCGGGGGGGCAACUCCAGCCCCCACUAAUCGAGGAGGAGGAGGAGGAGAUGAACGCAUUUUACCUAUCUGCGAUGGAGAGGCACAGGGAGAUGAUUCGGUUGGAGGCUACAGCGUCGACGGAUGAGGAGAGGGUGGGAUUGUGGUUGGAUUUUGUAUUGAAUGAGUGCAAGUUGAGGAAGGAACGGUAUUCCCGCGCUGUCGGGAAGAUGAGAUCGUCUCUUGCGACAAGAUUGGGUUCGGCAUUUUCGGAAGAAACGCGACAAAAUUUAUCACCAAUUUCACCGAUCAUGAAGGGUAUGGACGGAGAGGAUGUGGAAAUGGAGAAUACGCAGGAGGGCAGGGGGCGACCGGAAACGCAGUGGUGGGGGCAGCACCUGAACAGCGAUUCUUUCGAUAAUGGUAAUCCUGCGGGCACAGCCCUCGAAGCGAGAAUCAGGGACGAGGAGUCCUCGCGUGGACGGACGUCCUCGCGGUGGUGGGAGGCGAGCGCGGAGGGCGGAUCGGUUAGCGAUCACUUGGCUGUUCGCUCCGAUGGAAUGGGAGAUGAUGAGUUUGGCAUGGCACGGUCGAGUCACAGAUACACACGCACUCCUAGAGCGUCGCUUCGCGAGAUAGCUGAGCAUGUGACUACCCCGCGGAAUUCACAGUUCCCUGGCGAUCCUGCCGGUUAUGUUGGUAGUUCCGCAUACCCCCCGGAUAGGAAGACCAUGUCCAUGUCUCGUUCUCGAUCGCGACCCGCUCACUCGCAAUCCCGAACUCGCACCCCUGUCCGGCCAGUCAAGACGAAUCUCGAUAUUGCUCCCCUACUCACUCUACUUCCGCCUUACCCACGAGUCUACCCAGCAGUGAACAACGCUCACCCCCAACUUGCAGUGUUCCGGAAUCUUGUGCGAACACUGAAUGACCUGUCUUCCAUCACAGAGAUCAAAGCUGACUUUAACGCUGCCUCCUCAAUACGGAAGGAAACCUUCACCAUCGAGUCACUAAAGCGCCGAAACCAGCACUCAGAGUACAUCCAAUCCCUUUACAACACGCCCUCGGGCAAUAAGACCCAAAAGCGCCUCAGCUUCGACCAACUCGAAACCCUCAACACCGACUUCCAGAAUCGCGAAAACGUCCUCACCGAGGAGUCCCUCAAGUCUGAAUUUGACUUGUUCCAAUCCCAAGUCGUGGACGCCGUUCACACCGAACUGCAGGAGCGCAUCUCCGCCGCGUCAGCGGCCUACAACGACCUCGCCGCCGAGAUCAUCGCGAACGCGGACAACCCGCUCGGGGGACAGGAAGAAGGCGGCGACCAAGUCCCUGAACUCCUCGAAAAGCUGACAUGCCUGAAAUGGGUCUUUGAUGUGCGGGAGCAACUCCACCGCGAGGUCUUCGACCUGCUGUCGGAGCGCAACCGCCGUUAUAAGGAAGUGGUAAUAACCCCCUUCUUUGCCUCCCGUCUCGCCGACAAAAUUAGAGAAGCGGAAGACUUCUUCACAACAGACGAGAAUGCCCGCCGCCUUAAGGCCGACAAGGAAUCUCUCUCCCGAUACGAUGGCUUCCUAGACUUGGUGGAGAACCAAGUGGUCAAGGGUGUCGAAAAGCAAAUUUCGGUAUUCUGGGAGGUUGCGCCGCUGAUCAUGGAGUGCUUUGAAAAGAUCCCGACGGACCUGACGAACGUCCACCCCAUUGUCCCGCCGGAAGAGUACCAUGAAAACCCCGCUUAUCUUAGAGAGCCAUUGAGGUACCUCCAUUCGAAAAUAGAAAUGGCGGAGAAGUCGAUAUAUCAGUUUGUCGAGGGGCAGACAAAUUUGCUCUGCUUAUUACACGAGGUCAAGACUUUGAGCAUGGUUGCAGGAUGGAAAGUCCGCUUGCCGGGCCCGGAGAAUUCUAGGAUUCAGGAAGAACGCCGGGAGAAGGAGGAGGCGGUGCUCACGGAGGACUUGAAAGAGAAGGUGAAGAUGCUGGAGAGCGAAUGGAGGGAGAGUCUCGGGAACCUAUUUGAGGAGGUGAGGGGGAGAGUUAGCAGAUGGAUUGGUGAAGGGGAGACCACGGAGUAGUUUUUCCUCAUCGAUAGGAGAGUGUCAUACUAUAUUGGAAGAAGCGGGGGAGGAGGUGGAGCAAAACUUCUUUAUUGUGUGGUACCAAUAUUCAUGUACAUGUUUCCCUUCUGGCCUGAUACCAAUAUCAUUAUUUUUCUUUUAUUUCUUUCAUUUUCCCUUUUGUUCCUACUUUAUUCGAGUUUAUCAUGGUUACAUUUCUCUCAUUGUAUUUUACAUUCGCUUUUUUUCUUUCUCUUCCUUUAUCAUUAUCACUUUAUCUCAAUGGACAUGCAUAGAUGGGCGUAAUGUACUCUACACUCGCUUGGAGUUUUUUCAUUCUUCACUUUUUCUUCUUCCUCUUUUCGUCUGGACUGGGUUUAUUUUGGCCAAUUGAAUGACGGUGUAUAUAGAUGGGGGAGUGGGGGAGUGGGGGGGAAUCGAAUCAUUGAUACCCAUCACUUUCACAUCCUCAGUGUACCUCGUAAAGCAUUUUUCCUGCCAUUACAUAUUCACAAAUGAUAAAAUGAUUGUUCAAGGAACCAUUAUUAUUCUUCCCA